AUGAUGGAAUUUUUUCAUACUUUUGAACUUUUCCCAGAUGACGAUGACAGAACAGAUGACGUACCGCCGUCGAUUGAUCGCACACCAUGCGAUCGUCGAAUUCCUCAGUUGCUUGGUGCGGAAUUUGAUCCAAUCGCACUUCGUCAAACUGGAGGGGGUCACUUCGUUGAGGUCGAAAUCGCCUCUUUGAAUCGCUUAGGACAGUUCUGCGCCAUUCUUGCUGACACUGAGUCUUCCCCGUCAUUUUACAAAUUUCGCAAGCAGCUUCUGUGGCUUUCGCACCUCGAUUAA